AUGCAAUCGUUGCCUGAAAAUAAAUGUUCUCCAUCCAGAAAGACAUUACAACCAGUUACAGCUGGUAUGAAACGCAAGGCAGAAGUCCUUGACCAGCAGCAACAUGAGGUGAACCAGGAGAAUUCCAGGAACACGCAUGGACCAAAAGCAAAACGGCACAAGGAUUGGCGCAAAAAAUUUACUUCUAAUACUUUGGGGACACAGAUAUCUCCUUCCUUGGUCAGCCGGAAAUCGUUUCAGCUUCACAAGAAGUACGAAAGACUCGAACUAUACCCAAACAUCAAGAAAGCAAACCAAAAGUACACUCGGAAGCCCACGGCAGAGGAAGUGAAAAACGCGUACAAGAUUAUCUCAGACCCAAAAAAAUGGAAGCUCUUUGAUCGUGGUCUGAACAUUCUCUUUGACAAAAGCCGAAAGGACAGACGAGUCAUUGCGAUAAUCGAAUUUGUAGAGUGGGACGAAUUGACUGUCCAGGAGCGGAUCGAGAUCAAUCAUGUUUCAACUUUCUUACAUAGCUCGAAAAGAUUCCUUACCCCUGUCAAGGCUCGAGGAUGGGGAGGGUACAUGUGGGCGUUAGGUUACCGAAAGGCAAUGGUCAAAGGCCAAAUCUUCGGUCGGUACAUCAAACAAGUGGCCAUGAAAACUGCUCCGAAGUUGUUCGACUCUGUUUUCCGAUCAUCAGCUUGGGUUGGAAGUAUCUUGGGGAACAUGUUCGAGAACAUGGGUAGUAUCCCAUUCAAAAAAAACCAAGAGACUAUGAAGGAAAAUGGUAUUCCUGAUUUUGCUGCGCUUUCCUUCACCGACAAAUCAACCAACUCUUCUGGCUCUCCGCACAUAACUUUUACCAGCAAUGGCUUCUUUAACCCUCCUCACACCGACAAGAAGGAUAUCUCGGACUUCGCCUUCGCACUGUUUGUCCCAACAUUCAAGAGUACUGGAAAACUGGCUAGUCCAUCUGACGGCUGCAAGAUUACGCGUGGACCAUUUGUCUUCCCCGACUACCGAGCUGGUAUAGACUUCUCAAGGACCACUGGAAUCGUUCGAAUGAUAUGGAGGGCUAGAGAUUACAAACAUUGUACAUUGCCACAUGAAGACAAUCCAUUUUUCACCCGUUUGGCAAUGUCUCUCCAAAUCAACAAAAAUCUUUCCAACGCUUGUUUGAGAUUCAAGAAAGGUGUCCACAAAGGCAAAAUUAUAGCUGAUCAUUAUUACUACCUUAAUAAAGUUCUCCAGCGUAGAUCAUCAAAACGACGUUACAAAAAGUAA